CAGCACUCCAUCUCCAGAUUCGCCGUUGUGGUCCCCGCCCUACUGUCGUUCUUUGCAGCAAGUUCUCAAGUCUGUUGUGCCUGUGGCCAGAAGCCCCUACCUUCAUCGAGUGACAGCACACCAAUUCAAGCCUGUCCAUUCCACAACAUGUCGACAAGGCCAACGGACCUCAUUCUGGAGCACUCUUGCAUCUUCACUGGACCACAGCGUCGACUUUCGUGGCACCAAGACUCUCUCAUUUGCUCCCCAGACUAUUACACCUUGACCACUCCAGAUGUUUAUGAACCUCUUCUCCUUCAUCACGUCCCUUCCCCGUCGUUAUGCUUAGAUGAGAUGCUCAGACUGUGGCCGGCUCAGGACAAGAAGCCCUCCUCCCACGACGUGGAAAGUAGCGUUUCUCCCCCGAACGACUGUCGAGACUCGGUCGCAACCCUGGUUGACUUUGGAAGCUGGGUCUCUAGACAAUCGCAUGAUCGUCGAUCGAGUUUACUCCCUCCAGCACCCCAUUGGGAUCGUCCCGACCUUGAGGCAUCAAGUGACAGCGUUGAGUGCCGACUUUUGUCCCCAGAAACUGCUCCGGAGGGCCAGCGUAACCGUGAUCAUUGGCGGUCUUCUUCGCCUCCUUUUUCCAAACGCAGCGCCACUCCGGAUCAACUGGGCAAGUUGUGUGUUGCACUCGAGAACUCUUCGUUGUUCCCCAAAACAGCAUCCCCAGUCUCGACGAGAACCAACACCCCUGUACCAUCACUGUCUCAAUCUCAUUGCUCCGUAUCGACGUACUCAGCGGUCGAUGCUGUAUCACCCGAAUUCCUCACGGACACCAAUGGCAAGAUGUCUCGCGAGCACUGCCAUAACAGACAUGAUGGGUCUUUGCAGAGCGCCACAAUCAGUUGUAGGGCAAGUGGCUUUCAAGACAUCAGCCCCCGAACUUGUUCGUCCAGACUCGAGGGCACUUGGUCGGGACUCCAGCUUGUUUCUAAUCACGCAAACAGAGAUUUGAGCUCGUCUUUGACAGUAACCGACUUUGGUCAGAGGACAGGCAGCCUAUAUCCUCGAGCUAUGCCAGGCCAGAAUCUCUUGUCAACUUCUUCGUCAGACCCAAUCAAUCAUGACUCCAAUCCUGAAGUUUCAUAUAUUGACUGGGACGACGAUGAAGAAGAAGAAAGGGGCCAGCAUCGAUCGCGGCUAGCACGAAUGAAGAAAAGUUUGACAGAUCUUCGCAAUGCAGAACGAUUCAUCUCCGAAUCUGUGGGAAGAGGAAAUGGCACGACAAAAGGCUAUCCGGGGAAGACGACUGCCUUGCAAAGUCCUCAUCUGGGGAGAUCUACAAUCAAGGCAGAACUCAACAACCACCGGGCGGUGGCUCUCCAUCCGCAGCAUAGCCGUGAUCAGAGCUUUGGGAAGGCUCAUGCGCACAUGAUGGUCAACAAUACCAGCAACAUCAGCUCUUUGAAACAGGAAACCAUGGACACGUGUCGUACGCAAGCGGUCUCUCGCGCCACGAGCGUCCGAGAGCGGCCGGCAAUUGUCCUCCCCCAUGGUCGUGUCAUGGGUCAACGCAUGGGUCAAGAUCUAGCAUUCUACAAUCGAUUCGUCAUAGGCGUCGAACCAUCAGCUCUCAGCUCGAGGGGUUCACCCCUUUGGGGUCCCUAG